ACUGUAUGACACUUCAAAGCAGCUCUGCUAUUUACCAGAAAAUAUUUCCGGGUCUGGACUUGUCACCAGCCUGUAGCAGCCACCUUGAGACAAUACGCAGAAGACUCACCACCAAGGGCCAUCCUAUGAUAAUUGUGAUGGAUGAAAUUGACCAACUCGACAGCAAGAACCAGACAGUGCUGUACUCACUUUUCGAGCUUCCACAACUAAAGAAUUCUCGGGCUACAAUUUUUGGAAUCGCCAAUGCCCUCGAUCUGACGGAUCGUGUGCUGCCCCAUCUGCAAGCAUAUGGUUGCAGACCGACACUGCUUCAUUUUGCACCAUAUUCCAUAGAUGAAAUAGUGGCCAUACUGGAUCGUCUUAAUGAGUGUCAUGCAGUCAUACAGCCUCAAGCCAUUCAGUUCUGUGCGCGGAAAAUUGCUGCUUGCACAGGAGAUGUCAGGAAGGCACUGGAUAUAUGCAGGCGAGCUGUUGAAAUUGUAGAACGUUCCGCCAAGACUCAACAGGUUCUAGUUCCACGGCCCGAACAUGGUUAUAAUCUCGGCUCUCCAAGAAGGCACCUCUCAAAGUUCAACAUGGCCCACAUCUCUUCUGUCCUGGCAGAUGUGUUUGGGUCCUCGGCAAUGGGCAGCAAGGACCUCAAUGCUACGUUGCCAUUGCAGCAGAAGCUUUUGCUAUGCACACUGGUGGCACUGCUUAAAGUCAAGAAGUUGCGAGAUGUUCUUCUUGGAAAGCUUCAAGAAGCUUACAUGCGCAUCUGCCAGAGACAUCAAUGCUCUACUGACCAGUCGGACUUCCAAUCCCUGAGCACCCUGCUAGAGUCAAGGGGCCUGAUCACUGUCAAGAGGCACAAGGAGCUCAGACUGAGCAAGGUGAGCCUUAGGGUGGAUGAGAAAGAAGUAGAGUAUGUCCUUCACGACAAAGCUCUUCUAGCAGCAUGCCUCAACGACAGUGCCAUUCUGUGAAGACUGUUAGGUGUCAUCAGAACUAUUGUGCGAUUGUUUUACCUGUGUUCAACCCUGCAUGCCUUGCAUGUUUGCAAAUGUCUUUCUAUUGUAGCACAUUAGUGGCAGCUGGAAAAAACUGUCAUCAAUUGCUGUUGUCUCUCAAUGUCAUGUUACAAUAGUUUUUCUACAAGUACACAGUCACUCAUAAUGUUAUCAUGUGCACUCAUA